AUGGUCAACGCUGUUGGCACCUUCUUCAUCGUGCUGGUCGUGCUGCUUAUCGCCGCCGCCGUGGGCUGGGUCACCUUCACACAGCUGCGCGCGCGACGGUUAGGCCUUCCCGCACCACCCCUCUCAUCCUAUAACCCCUUCGCGCGCUCCGGGCCCUCACCCUACGGACCGCCUCAGCCAGCAAGCGGCGGUAUCGGCAGCUGGUUCAGCGACAAGCUGCGCAGCCUGCGAAGCAGCGGUGGCGGCGGACGCUCCGCAGCGGGCGCAUACGAAGCGCCAUCGUCAUCCAAUGUGCGUGGCGGCCGGCGCGGAUUCGGUGCAUUGGAUCCCGACGAGGCCUGGGACACUCGCGUCGGAAACGAGGCCGACACCUACGGGCCCGGCGGGUACUACGAGGAGCAGGAGCUGGGACUACACCCGCGUAGCCAGGGAUACGGACAUGACCAAAACCAAGGUCACGAUGCUCACGAGGCGUACUCGGGUAGUGGUUAUGAGAUGAAUGUGCCACGCGAGGAGGAGCGCGGCCGCACCAUGAGCCGGAGUCCGGGCGUGGGUGGGGGUCUGGGUGUGCCCGGUGCGGCGGGCGGGAGAGGGGGCAGCCGAAAUCCCUUCGAUGACGAUUCGGCGGAGCCGAGUAAUAUUAGCCUAAGGGGCGUGAGCCCGCGGCCGAUCGAUACGGGCGUGGGGCGACACACGGGAGGCGGUGGAGGUGCGGUGGUGGGCGAUAGUCCGACUUCGACGUCGGAGCGGAGAUCGAUCUUUAGGGAAAAUGUCUAG